UAUUUUACUGGACUAGAUAUACAUGUGUCAAAACCUCUCGAAAAUACGACUCUUUCGUAAAAAUGAGCUCUCUAUUUUAGACAAAUUAGGGUUUUGAUAACUCCGGCGGGUCCAAUAAAGACAUCUUUUUGGGUUUUAUCGAGGGGAAUUUUAAUCGUUCGGUGGAUUACGCAGUUUUGCGAUGUGACUUUUGAAUUUGGAAUUCAAAGUUCAAUUUUUUGGGUAUUUGAGGGGGAUUUUUGGGCUAUCGGUUUUUGAGGUUGGAGAUUGGAGGGAUAUGGAUGAUGAAUUGGAGGAUAAAGUGCUUUAUCAGACGUAUGUAUCAUACAUGAAGCUCCUCUCAAAAUUUGCCGUGGGUUUGCCCACUAGUCUAACCGCUGGUUCUAAUACACCAAUCGGUUAUUUUUGGAGGAUGAUGCGUCUGUAUGCGCUCAAGCCAGAAGUGUUGUUCUGUGGUACAGUUAUGUUCGUCAUACUGUUCUACCUGCAGGCAGUCGAUGUUUGGAGCAGAACUUUGCUCGGGAAGAUUCAGUAUACCCUUGGAAAAACGAGUUCGAAGGUGUCGAAGCUGCAGUUCCUCGUUGCCAAUGCAAGCACUAGUGGCGAAAAGCUCAAGUGGGAACUCAAGGAGGGUUAUGUCGCGGCAUACGCAGUACAGGGACAUCGGCCUCAUAUGGAGGAUAGAUUCGUAGUUAAUGAGGAUAUCAACAAAACUGGGGUUUCGAUUUUUGCGGUUUUCGAUGGACACGGGGGAGAGUUUGCAGCGGAUUACGCCCGCGACAAGUUGAUGCCCAACAUAAACAGGAAGGUGAUCGAGCUGAAGAACAUGAUCGCAGGAAAGGCUCCAGUGAGCCCUCAGGAGUCUGACCCCCCGAACCCCCCGAGUGAGCCGAAAGUGCCUGAGAGUCCGCUGGAGAAACGCAAGUCCUUCCGGAAGACUGUGUCCACCACUGACGACACCAUAAAGAGUAAAUCAGGCUCAAUAACAGAUCCCGAGCUCCUGAACAAGCUGAAUAGCCUAGUCCGUCCAAUAACGAGGGAAGUCCGGCACGAUCGACCCCCCGAGACCCCUCCGAAGACUGUGGACAUGUCGAUGUACAUAGAAGGACAGAGGAUUAAUUACGCUAAGCUCUUGACUGACGAGGUUUUAGCUGUGGACAGUCACCUGAUUCAAGCCGCCAAGAAGAACAUGGAUGUGGCAGGAACGACAGCCCUGAUAGCUGUCCUGGAGGACAAUAAAUUGACCGUAGCCAAUGUUGGAGACUCGAGAGGUGUAAUGUGUGACAGCAAAGGGAACGCAAUUCCCCUGUCCUUCGAUCACAAGCCCCAGCAGCAGCGCGAGAGGCAGAGGAUCAACAAAGCCGGGGGCUUGGUGACCUUCAACGGUGUCUGGAGGGUGGCAGGGAUCCUGGCAACGUCCCGAGCCCUCGGUGACUACCCCCUGAAGGACCGAAAACUCGUCAUUGCUGAUCCUGACAUUCUGACGUUCGAUCUGAGCGAUCACGAUCCGUCCUUUCUGAUCCUCGCGUCUGAUGGUCUGUGGGACACUUUCUCGAAUGAAGAGGCCGUUGCCUACAUCAGGGAGAGGCUCAACGAACCCUACUUCGGGGCAAAAAGCCUCACCUUGCAGAGUUAUUACAGGGGAUCACUCGAUAAUAUCACUGUUGUCGUCAUCAAUCUGAGGAAUCGUAAAUACAGCAUAUCAGAGCUCAACAGGGCAGAGUGAUGACGAUUUUUACGGAUUAAUUAGGAAAUUAUUGUUAUGUUUAGACGUUUUCUUCGUUAUGGCGACGUUUUGUUGAUCUUCUAGUCAUGUUCCGGGGAAUGAACUGAUGAUCGAUCGAUUUUGAGUUAUUUUGAGAUUUGAAUGGAGUUGUUUCGAGGGGAGUGAAGGAGUCGAUUUUAAUAAACGUAUUCAUGAUGA